ACUCGGUAACACACGCUUUCCGUACGAGGGGUACGUUUUCGCAGCCGCAAUCCGGUCGAUAAAGCGCACCUCGCGUACAGCUUCUAGUGAUUUUUUGGUGCAAAUCAAUCAUCGUACCGCCAACCAUUGAACGCAACGCAGUGAAUGAAGAAAUGGCUCAAAAGGAAUCGCCCCCAGCCGGCGAUAGAAGCGAGAUGGUCUGUGGAAAUAACAUGAAAAAGUCUCUACACACCCAACGGAUGCUGUCGGCGUUCGGUAUGGCGGGGUAUGUGAGGCAAGCUCAACGUCUCAGCGCUGCCGUAGCAUCGGAUUUCUCCAGCGAUGAGGAGCAAAACCAGUAUUCCGGCUCGUCGGAUGAAUCCGAAGAGUUUGGCAGCAAGUUUUAUCAUCAAGCUGCGGCUCGCUCCUAUCGGGAACGUAUGUUUGACUUCAGUACGGUCGGAUCUGAGCGGCUGUGGUUGAAAAAUUUACUACUCUCCGAAACGGACACAGAAAGCGAUAUCUCGGACGUGGAAGAAUAUAUCCAACGAAUGCUGAAGGAACAUGUACGAGAGAAAAAGAUUCGGGCUAGGUUCAAAGAUGCUCCAAAUAACUCACAGUACGGCUACUACAGUGCCGGCCUGUUGUCGGAUAAUGAUCUUUUCCCCGAACAUCGACGUACCGGAGCUGGGAAGCGAAAGUGCAAAAUUGACCAUGGCACAGGCAAAACGAAAGGUGUAAGGAAAAAGCUAAAACAUGCCAAAAAGCGAAGCGAUGUCGAGGGAAACAGCUAUUCCGCCGACGGUACCAGUUCGUCGAUUCGCGGACCAAUGUUUGGAGACAAGAAAGCGCAAAAGCUGCUACACCUACAGCGUGGCCGUCCAGUAUCAUCGAAGCUUUCGGAUGGCAGUAGUUUUGAACAUCUAGCCGAGCAGAAUCAAGGUUCAUCGGUGGGAGGCAAACGUGGGCGUAAAAUGCGCUUGAAAACACCGGAAGCAUUAAACAUUCGGCGGCGCAAAAUGUGGCAACUGAUGGCGAAGAAGGAAGUGGGUAAGCUGCAACGUGCUAAGGCGAACAAUCACAAAGACACCAUAACGAAUUGUCGCCGAGUGGCGGCCCUUUGCAUGCGGGUCGCCCGCCAAAAGGCAAUGCAGUCCCAGAAGCUGAUGAAGGACACGGUAUGGCGAGCUAAACGGUUAACGCGUGAAAUGCAGGUAUACUGGAAGCGGUACGAUAAGGUCGAACGGGAAACAAGGCGCCGAAUGGAACGGGAGGCCGAGGAGCAGCGCAAGAUGGAUGUAGAGAUCGUGGAAGCUAAACGGCAGCAACGAAAGCUUAACUUUCUCAUUACCCAAACAGAACUGUACGCACACUUUAUGUCGCGCAAGCUGGGCAACGUGUCGGCGGAGGAGCAACUUAAGAUUCUUUCGCAGUUGGACGAGGAAAGCAAUCCGCGGCUAGCUGCCAUCGACAAUUACGAUUGUGAGCGUAUGAAACAGUUAGCGCAGAAGAAUGCAACUGAAGCGUUCCGCAAUGAGCGAGCCCGAACGAAUCAAUUCGAUGUGGUGAUGGAUCAUACGGGCUCGGCGUCACCAGUGAAUGAGUCUGCUGAUGUAUCGCUGGAUGAGUCGAAGGUCAGCGCCGCGGAUGUAAUUCCUGCGAGCAAGAACGAACCAAGUAGUGGAAUCGCUGAACUACCGCAGCCUUCAAUGUUCCGCGGGCGGUUAAAAGGAUACCAACUGAAGGGUGUGGCGUGGCUUGCGAAGUUAUACGAUCAAGGCAUCAGUGGCAUACUGGCUGACGAGAUGGGACUUGGCAAAACGGUGCAGUCGAUUGCGUUUCUUUGUCACAUCGCCGAACAUUAUGGCGUUUGGGGACCAUUUUUGGUCAUUUCUCCUGCGUCCACCCUGCAUAAUUGGCAGCAAGAGAUGGAACGGUUCGUGCCUGAGUUUAACGUCGUACCGUACUGGGGUUCACCGAACGAACGCAAAAUUUUACGCCAGUUCUGGGAGCAGAAGCAUCUGCACACGAAGGAUGCUAGCUUUCACGUGGUGAUCACUAGCUACCAGCUGGUAGUCACCGACUAUAAGUACUUUAAUCGCAUAAAGUGGCAAUAUAUGGUGCUGGAUGAGGCUCAAGCAAUCAAAAGCUCCAGCUCAAUGCGCUGGAAGUUGCUGCUCGGAUUUAACUGCCGGAACCGACUGUUGCUCAGCGGAACACCGAUACAGAAUAGUAUGGCCGAGCUGUGGGCAUUGCUGCAUUUCAUUAUGCCGACACUGUUCGAUUCGCACGAAGAGUUCAAUGAAUGGUUUUCGAAGGACAUCGAAAGCCAUGCCGAAAACAAAACGGGUAUAGACGAAAAGCAAAUAUCAAGGCUGCACAUGAUCUUGAAGCCGUUCAUGUUGCGAAGGAUAAAGAAAGACGUCGAAAACGAGCUGUCGGACAAGAUCGAAAUAAUGGUGUACUGUCCGCUGACGACACGCCAAAAGCUUCUGUACGUAGCGCUAAAGAAAGAAAUUUGCAUCGAAGAUUUGCUGCAUCUUACCACGGUUGGUGGUGGCAGUGGUGAUGGUCAGUCGAUCGAUCGUAACUUUACCUCUAAUCUGAUGAACCUUGUGAUGCAAUUUCGCAAAGUGUGCAAUCAUCCCGAGCUGUUCGAGCGGCGCGAUGUACGCAGUCCGUUCUGUAUGAAAUGGAGCUACGAGUUGUCCGAGCGGCCAAUAUUUCGAAGGCAACUUUUAAUGGAGCACACCGUACCGAGUAAGCGUCAUUGGCUGCAUAAUAGAUACUAUAUAUUUAACGCUUUGUUGGUGCAAAGACGCAUGGUUGGGGCAAACAGUAACGAUACCAGUGUACCUGUAGAAAAGAGCCAUUCAAAAGUGCGUAGAACCCUUUCAAAGACAACGCAUUAUGAUGAUUGGUGCGCACCGUUCAGCUGUGCGCGACUUGCAGGAGGUUUGUCGCCGAAGCAAGUGGAGCAGAUCGCACGAAGAAAUAUGUUCUCGUCCAUAUAUCAACUGAUCGCCGAAUGGGUGCAAUGGAUAACGAUUUUACAUUUUCGCUGGGUUUGGAGAGAUGAUCAAUCGUACACGAGGACAGAUCCUCGUUGCAUGCUGUUGGAACCAUCGGCUGAACGCUGGACGACACAAUGCUUCCCCUGGACAACGAUGGAGCGAUUAUUAUUCACCAGGACUAUCCACACCGCACCCAUUCCGGUGUAUACACACCGCGAUCAUGUGCUGCAUUUUACUUCAGAAACGCUAGACCACCGUAUAAUGCGCAGCCGAAAGCAACAAACACCUGGACAUCCAUUAAACUUGUUGCCCGAGGUCGCUUAUGUUCCCAGCCGAAGGCCAUCAACUGUAUUGCCGCACGAACCGACAGCAAUGCCGAAAUUUCUCUGUCGGAAUCACACUAAAGUACUCAACACUGCCGGUUGCACUGGGUCAGCGGUACGGAGGAUGUCACACUUCAACCGACGGUGGAAUGAUAAUGAAGCUACGGUGGCACAAGAACGGCAACUUAGCGAUCAUGUCCACGCAUCGUAUCCACCACACGGAUGGUCGAAUAUUAUCAUUCCGGACAAGCAGACGCUCGUGUCUGAUGCAGGCAAGCUGGCUGUAUUAGAUUCAUUGUUGGCACGCCUCAAAGAACAAGGCCACCGUGUGCUAAUAUAUUCCCAAAUGACGAAAAUGAUCGAUUUGCUAGAGGAGUAUAUGUGGCACAGAAAACACCGCUACAUGCGGUUAGAUGGUUCGAGCAAAAUUUCCGAGCGACGAGACAUGGUGGCCGACUUUCAGAAUCGGGCCGACAUUUUUGUCUUUCUGCUUUCCACCCGCGCUGGCGGUUUAGGUAUCAACUUAACUGCAGCAGAUACUGUGAUUUUCUACGAUUCAGAUUGGAAUCCAACGGUGGAUCAACAGGCGAUGGAUCGAGCCCAUCGAUUAGGCCAAACGAAGCAGGUUACAGUCUAUCGGCUCAUCUGCAAGGGUACGAUAGAAGAAAGGAUACUGCAACGGGCGCGUGAAAAAAGCGAAAUUCAACGAAUGGUUAUCAACGGGGAUAAUUUCAAACCAGAUACGCUCAAACCAAAAGAAGUUGUUUCACUACUGCUGGACGAUGAAGAAAUCGAGUUGAAAUAUCGCCAGAAAACGGAGGAACGCAGAUUAAUGGAAGAUCCAGUGGCGAAAUCGACCAAGGAACGAGAUCGCAAACAAAAACAAUUGUCCGGUAAAGAACCGACAGGGAAGGAUCGCAAACGAACAGUGGAGCCAGGAACAUCGUGUGAUGAGCCAGGUGGUUUUGGUGAUUCCGCUGCUCCUAGUCCGGCCCAAAGCGAACGUUCGAAUCUCAGUGAUAACACGAACAAAGCCUUGGACGCACUGGACGAUUCAAGCAAUGAAGCAUCUUCUAUGUCGUUCGACAUGCACCGUGAACAGCGGGACAGUAAAGCGCGACCAGUCACGCGUGGCGCUAGUAAACGGGGAAGACCUCGCGGAUCUAGGAGAGGUGGUUCGGGAAGUACCAGACCGAUAGCAACCGAACAACAAGCUACCUCGGACAAAGACAGCGGUCCUUCGGUCUCAUCGUUGCCUGCAGUUCCGCUGGCCGCACCAGUUGCUACCGUUGCACAGGUGAGGCGCGGUCCGGGAAGACCUCGUUUAAAGACAAACGGGCCCAGCAAUCAGGGUACACGUGGAACACACGUACGGCAGACAAUACGAAUACGAAAACCGAUUGGUCCACUUGUCGUACCGCUGGGUGGUCAAACAGCAACGGGUGGUGGAGCUGGUCGUUUGAUGCCGUCAUCAACGCCCAGUACAUCGGCGAAAUCGACCGUUCCAUCCAACUCUUCCUAUCCUCAUCUAGCUCCAGCACAGUCACCAUACAACGCAGCACAAUCCAAACAGCCGGUCCGGGGGAGUAGUACUGUAAACGCCGUUAGAAAUAACUCCCAAACAGUCCCUCCCACGGACAAUCCGAAAAGCCGACAGCAACCGAGACCACCGAUGGAGAACGAUAGUGGUACAGAGUAAAAACCUCCCGCUGAAGUGUUACCAUUCGUCAUUCACAAAUAUUGUAUCAUUUGUAGAACUUACUACACACAAUUGCUACAAAGAAAAAGUAUCCUCUAUGAGCUCAAUGGAGGAUACAGGUGUACAGUUUUCAACAAAAAAUUCUACCUUUAAUGUUGUAAAUUUGCCGUAUGGAAUUGAGAAAUCCGUAUCCGUCCGUACUGUGUGUACGCUU